GCCGCUGCCUGUAGUCUGCAUUUAACAUCUGAUACACUAAAAUACAUAAUAAAUUUAUCAUAAAUUGUGACUGUGAGUCCAUGAGUUGAUAAAUUAGUGGUUAUGCUGCCAGUGAUCGUGUUCUUGCACUUAGUAGAAACAGUGUAAAAUAAUUAAUUGUUGUGUUAAUAUCAAAGUUAGGUUAGUUUUAUUUGGAAUUAGAAUUAAAAUUGUUUAUUGAACAUUUAGCUUAGGAUAUUCUUCGAAAUGAGUUGGGCAGAAAUGAGAGACAAACUUCGUGUAUGGAGGGAAGAAAAUGUGAGGCAGAGUAGUGAUCUUAUCACAAUGUGGGACACUGUGCUACAGGAUAAAAUGCAUAAACUCGGGGAUGAGCAGUACGUAGUGUACGAGCAAGUAUUCAUUGCUGCCCUGGAUUGUAACAGAAUCGAUGUUGCCAACGAGUGUCUGCACGCUCUAACUGCAGAGUUUCCAGAUAGUUUGCGGAUUUACAAAUUACAAGUCAUGAAACUUGAAGCUCAAGAGAGGUAUGAAGAGGCCUUAGAACUGCUACAAAACAUCAUCAAGAAGGACAAAACGAAUGCAGCCCCGAGGAAACGACGGGUUGCGAUUUUGAAGGCUUGUGGUAAAAUACCUGAGGCUAUCAAGGAACUCUCAGAAUACCUGAAAAAAUUCAUGGUGGACCAGGAGGCGUGGCAGGAACUGUGCGAGCUGUACUUGAGCGAGCAGGACUAUGCCAGGGCAGCAUUCUGUAUGGAGGAGCUGAUCCUGCAUAACCCUCACAGUCACCUGCUGCACCAGCGACUGGCAGAGAUCAAGUACACACAGGGGGGGUUCGAGAACUUGGAAAUGGCUCGCUCACACUAUUGCAUGGCCAUCAAGCUGAACCCCAACAACAUGAGAGCCCUGUACGGUCUCUUUCUGUGUGCAACCAACAUUGCUAUGUCACCUAAGACUACAUCAGCCAAGAAGAAAGAAGCAAACAAAUUGGCUACGUUUGCAAUGAAACAGGUCACAGACAGGUAUCAGGAGAAGUGCUCUAAGGGUGAUCAGGUGGCAGCCCUCGAAGGGCUGGUCAGCUCUUUGCAGAUCUCAUCAGCAGCAUCGUAAACUCUGGACCAACACCACAUAACCACCGUACUUGUGCACAGAUCAUAUCUGUGUAUGAGUUCACUACAUUCAACAAAGCCGUGCAAACAAACUUAAAGUAAUGUUGUAUUCUUUAAAAUACUAUUGCAUAUUGAUUGAUGUUACAAGUUACUUUAAGGAUUAGAAAUCUCAUUUUGUUGUUAAUUUAAUAAAUACUCUUAAAUGACCAUGUUUAACUUUUGGAUUUUACCUAAAGAACUGAAACUUAAAAAUUUGUAUCAGUAAUUACUUUAAGGCAAUACAAACUAAUUGCAUGGUGGGUUUAUUUAAAAUGUAUUGUUUCAGAUUUUAAGUAGAUUAAACACAGUAUUACAUGUUUAAUGGUGAAUUUUAUUUAAUAUGGUACUGAAUGGUUUUAUAAAUAAAUUGGGCACAAAUAAUAAUAAUGACCCAGAUUGUGUCCCCCUUCAAGGUUGUUUGAAGAAAAGCGCUCUUGCAUUUUAAUUCAAUGUAUAAUAAUUUUUCUAAACUGUGUAGGAGAACACAACUAUCAACACAUCAUUCCUAUUAUGAAAGGUGUUAUGUAAACCAUUUUUGUAGUUAAUGAAAUUUCUAUGAAGUAAUUUCAAGUUGGUUGUUAUCAAAUGAAAUCUAAGAAAAAUUAAAUGAUGUUUAUCAAUUUUAUUGUUUGUAUCUUGAAUCACAACCUGUGUGGAAGUGUUUGUUAACUUACGUGUUUAUUAAUUUUUAUUAAAGAAAGCAUGUUUUGUUAUGUUUCUAGUGUGUUUUAAUGGUUAAAGAACAAAUUUAUUUUAUAAUUUAUAUGAAUGAUAUAAGUAAUACACCUGUUACCUUUGUUAAGAUUUAUUAUUAUGGUUGUAUGAACAGUAUAAAAAUACACUUUUAAUCACAUCA